UGUUGCAACGGAAGAAUAUAUGAAUUGGUUUCGCCAGAUCACUGUGGUGUAUUUAACCAAACCCGGCGUGCAUGCUCAAGAGGGAUUCCACGAAACGGCAUCUUCUCAUAACUUUACGGUAGAGACGCUUCACAAUAUACGUCACUUUCUAAGUGCCCGAGCUACGACAGGACAUUUUUGUCCGGAUAUGGUAACCAUUUCGAGGAUGGUUGAAGAAGGACUGCAGAUAUCCGGUGAGCCUCAGCUGAUGGACUACCCUCCUUCGCAGCGCUCUGCAAUGGACGUGGACGUACCCAUAAGGCAAAAGGCAAAACGACGAACCAAACAGAAAACCGCCCGCGGAGAGUCGUCAUCUCAGUUCGUACACAACUCCGAUGACGAUUUUGUGGAACCACCUCCACCGAGCUCUGCACUUCGAGGCCGUUAUUCUAUCAGCCAUACCGGUGGUACCGGAGAAGAUAUUGGCGUCAGUGAUGUCCCCGCUUCUCCACCGCGGUCGUCUGUGCAGGAGGAUCUUGAGAACGCUGUUGUUGAAGAUACUCCUCCCUCAAGGAUCCCUAGAUCUACUACAUCCAAUAUUGGGAAGGGGAUACGGCGUCUGUUUAUGCGGAAACGGCGUGACGAAUGAACUAAUUUAAACUCUUGAUAUUAGUGUAAUUUGAUAUUGAUGUUUUUUUAUUUGCUUUGAACUCAUUGAUUUUAAGUCUUAAUGAUUAAGCCUUUUGAUGUCUGAAUUAUUAAUUCUUAGUUGAAAUGAAAACAGGUAAAUUUCCAGA